AUGGCUCCGUCGCAAUACAAGACCCCGCCACAGCUGCCGCCCAAGUUCACAGCUACUAAGCAAAGCUUAGUUGACGAUGCAAAGAGACUGAUCGACAGGUCUCGCAGCGUCCAAGAUGCUAUCGUUCGCGAUGUAAAGCCCGAGAACGCGAACUUCCAAAACACACUCCUCCAAAUCGCCCGCGAUGACAACAAGAUGGCCAUCGAAUCGCAUAUCCUUGGCUUCUACAACGCUGUGUCAACAAGCAAGGAGCUGCGCGAUGCAUCCAGCGAGGUGGAACAGAUGCUUGACGACUUUGGCAUUGAGUCGUCCAUGCGCGAGGACGUCUUCAAUCUCAUUGACGCUGUGCUGAAGAAGGGCGAGAAGCUGGAUCCUGAGUCCCAGCGGCUGCUGGAGAAGGACCACAAGUCGUUCAUUCGAAAUGGUCUGAAUCUUCCCGCGGGACCCAAGAGGGACAGGUUCAAGGAGAUCAAGCAGCGUCUGAGUCAAAUCGGCAUCGCCUUCCAGAAGAACCUUAACGAAGAGAACGGUGGGCUGUGGUUCACACAAGAGGAAUUGCACGGCGUGCCAGAAGACGUCACCUCAGGACUCAAGAAGGGAGAAGGCGAAAACGAGGGCAAGUUGUUCCUGACCUUCAAAUACCCAGACCUCUUCCCAACCCUCAAGUACGCCACAAACCCGGAGACAAGGAGGAAGGUUUUUGUCGAGAAUGAGAACAAGUGCAACGGCAACGUACCACUGUUCAGAGAGGCCAUCUUACUCCGCGACGAAGCCGCCCGCCUUCUAGGCUACGACAACCAUGCACAGUUCCGGAUAGAAGACAAGAUGGCGAAGACCACCAAGACCGUCGAUGACUUCCUCGGUGACCUGCGCGAAAGGCUCGCACCAGGUGGCAAGAAGGAAAUUGAGAAGCUGAUGGAAUUGAAGGAGCAAGACGUCAAAGAGAAUGGAAUCACAGGUCCGUUGGCCAAAGACUAUUACCUUUGGGACAACAGGUACUACGAUCGUCUGAUGCUGGAGAAGGAUUUCCAGCUCGACCACCAAGUUAUUGCCGAAUACUUCCCCCUACAGACAACCAUCCAAGGCAUGCUGAAAAUCUUCGAGGAGCUCUUUGGUCUGGUGUUCGUCGAGAUUGUGGGCGAGGAAGACAGGGCUGCCCUUGCUGACGGUGGCAAGGGAUCCGACAUUGUCUGGCACGAGGAAGUGCAAGUCUUUAGCGUUUGGGACGACAAGGGCGAGGGUGAAGGCUUCGUUGGCUAUCUCUACCUGGAUCUCUUCCCCUUCAAUCUGCAGCCUGGCUAUAUAGAUGAGAACGGCAAGCGACGUUAUCCCGCGACGGCUCUAGUCUGCAACUUUUCCAAGCCAACGAAGAAGAAGCCCUCACUACUCAAGCACGAUGAAGUAGUCACUCUCUUCCACGAGCUUGGACACGGUAUCCACGACCUGGUAUCACGAACGACCUACUCUCGGUUCCAUGGCACCAACACCGUUCGCGACUUCGUUGAGGCGCCAUCUCAGAUGCUGGAGAACUGGUGCUGGACACCUUCGCAACUACGCUCUCUAUCUCACCACUACUCUUACAUCUCGUCCGACUAUGAGAAGGCAUACUUAGAGUCAUCAGGCGGCGAGAAGAAGCCGUCAGAGCAGAUUCCUCAAUCGUUGAUCGCCAAGUUGAUCUCUACGAAGCACGUCAAUGACGCGCUGUUCAACUUGAGGCAGUUGCAUUUUGGAACCUUCGAUAUGGCUGUUCACGAGCCGGCCAGCCACGAGGAGCUCGAAAAAAUGGACAUCACUGAGAAGUACAACUCUUUGAGGCACGAAAUCAGUCAGCUCAAGGGCCCUGAGUCGCUGGAGGGAGACAAGAAGGGUGACUGGCACUGGGGUAAUGGACAGGCUACGUUCGGUCAUUUGAUCGGUGGUUAUGACGCUGGCUACUAUGGCUAUCUCUCCUCUCAAGUCUACUCCACAGACAUGUUCUACACUGUCUUCAAGGACGAUCCUAUGAACCCCAAAGAAGGCCGCCGCUACCGACACACCGUUCUUGAGCGUGGCGGUUCCAAGGAGGAGAUGGAAAUCCUUGAGGAAUUCCUUGGCCGCAAGCCCCAGACAGAAGCCUUUUACAAGGAACUGGGAAUCUCACAGUAG